GCCAGAGCAAAGGUUAUCCAAUCUGCCAAGGUCGAACUUUUGUCCAAGACUCAAGCUCUAGAGAAUGAUUAUAAACGCAAGGAAAUCGCUCGAAGCUUCAUUUCGGAUACCAUUACUGUUCCCACCGCAGAGAUGUAUGCCUAUGCCGUCAAUGCGACUCUAGGUGACGACGUAUAUUCGGAGCCUUCGACCACGCCAGUUAUUUAUCAGCCUACUUAUCACGCCCUGGAAGCUCAUAUCGCCCAGCUGACCGGCAAGGAAGCUGGACUAUUCAUGCCAUCAGGAACGGCAUCGAACCAGAUUGCGCUACGCACGCAUUUGAAGCAACCUCCAUACACAGUCUUGUGUGACCACCGUGGCCAUAUUCACAGAUAUGAAGUCGGGGGAACACCCUUCCACUCUGGUGCUGCCAUGACCACUUUGAUCCCCUCAAAUGGUCAUCAUCUCACUUUGUCGGAGGUGGAAGACAAUGUGAUCUAUGACACAGAUGUCCACUUAGCUCCGACAGAGGUCAUCUCGCUUGAGAACACUCUCAAUGGAACUAUAUUCCCGCAGGACGAAAUCAUUGCUAUCUCCGAGUUUGCCCGUUCGCACAAUAUUAAGAUGCAUCUUGAUGGUGCACGUCUCUGGCAUGUUGCUAUUGAGACUGGGUUAUCUUUGAAGGAGUUGUGCGAUGCCUUCGACACUGUCAGCCUCUGUUUCAGCAAAGGGCUAGGCGCACCUAUCGGUUCUUGCUUAGUCGGCCCAACAGAGUUCAUAGCGAAGGCCCGUCGAUUCAGAAAGCUUUUUGGGGGCGGUAUGCGACAAACUGGUAUUCUCGCUGCAUCGGCUGCUUACGCUCUCAACUACAAUUUUCCGCUACUUGUCAAUGUCCAUGCACUUGCUCGCAAGGUCCAAAAAGGCCUUGAGGACGUCGGUGUGACCAUUCUAAGCCCAGCUGAGACUUGUAUGAUUUUCUACGAUGCUUCGAGCAUUGGCGCAACGUAUGAUGAAAUAUUCGAGCGAGGGAGAAAGUUGCCAGAGCCCCUCAUACUGGGGGGUUCCAGAGUUGUCAUCCACAUACAGACUUCCGAGGCUGCUGUGGACGAUUUCUUGACCUUAAUUCGGGACAUCGCCGGGGAGAAAAAGAGAGCAGGAUUUGUUAAGCCUGAAACAAAUGGUCAGACUCAUUUCAAGGAGGUUUAUGUCAGAAGGGUCAGCCAUUAGAAGAAUACAACAAUACAAAUUAGAUAUAUGUACGCUGUACAAUGAAAACGGAGCCUCUUAUCCUUUGCCGAUAUAUCU